AUGGAGUCAAUGGAUAUGAGUGAGUAUGCACAAGGUCAAGAUGAAACUCGUAAGGAAACAUUGUCAACACUUUGGAUUAUUUUCACUAAAAUCGGUAAGGGAAAAGAUGGAGUUGAAAGAGUUGCAUGCAAUUUUUGUAGUACUGAUUUCGCCAUUGGAAAAAACCCCAAGUCUGGUCAAAGUUAUGGAACUUCACAUCUAAGUUGUCAUGUGUUUAUUUGUAAAAGUUUUCAGAUGAGCCUUCUUAGUCUAGAGGAAUCGUCGAGCCUAACCCCAAUCAACCAAAACACACAUCAUGAAUUACUUGGAGAAGCCAUUAUUGCACAUGAUCUUCCUAUUAGCUUUGUCGAGUAUGAAAAAAAUCGAGUUUGGGUGAAAUAUUUGAAUCCAUGUGUUGAAAUGGUCUCUAGGAAUACCACGGUGAUUGAUAUUGAAAAGAUAUAUGAUAAAGAAAGGAUCAAGCUUAAGGAAAUCAUGGGUAGGAUUCCAAAUAAAAUUUGUCUAACAUCGAAUGUUUGGACAACAUCUACUAAUGAGGGUUAUAUUUGUUUGACUGCUCACUUUGUUGAUGAAAAUUAG